GGGUGGGGACAGUUUCUUCAUUUUCUAGCGCCGCCCAUCUGACCCCUGUGCAUCUGGCGUUUCAUGGGUUCUGAGUGCUGCACCAGUUCCCUGCCCCCCUCUCCUGGGUUGCAAGGAGCUAACCCAUCCCAGCCGGGGUGGGGGUGGGGGACGUGGGCGCAGGGCCCCGUGAGCAGAGCUGCGCCAGGAGCAGGCGGGCUCAGCAUUCAUCAUUGUUCCUCCAGCGCCUGGCACGAGUUGGGGCUCAGGCAGGAAUGGUGGCCUGAAGCGCGCCAUCCUUUCUGCGUCGCCGGCCAACCCAGCUGUCAGCCCUCAGGUGUUUCCUGGGCUCUUUCCAAAGGCCAGACCAAGGCAGGAACUGGGGUCCGAACAGGUCCAGCGGCCGGCCGGGAGGACGACAGCCAGCAGGCGCGGGCGGGGACGGGGCGCACGGGGCCGCGGAGGGACCUGCGCGCGCCCCCGCCGCGCGCUGCGCGCGCACGUGACGGCGCCCCCGGCCCCGCCCCCGGCCUGCCCCCCACCCCCACUGCCCGCUCGGCCGCGCUCCGGUCGGCGGGCUUUAUGGGGAAAGCGGCCGCUCCGAGCCGAGGCGGGGGCUGCGGCGGCCGCUCCCGCGGGCUCUCGUCGCUGUUCACGGUUGUCCCCUGCUUGUCCUGCCACACAGCGGCGCCGGGCAUGAGCACUUCUACGUCCGGCUCCGAGCCGGAGCCCAAGCCUCAGCCCCAGCCAGUGCCCGGACCUGAGCAGGAGCUGCUGUCAGAACAGGUGUCAGAGCCAGGUUUUGAGCCGCCGCCAAGAUCCCAGAGGAAAGCUGAGCCUGAGGUUGGGCAGCGAUUGGACCUGCUACGGACGGGGUCAGAGUUCACUCCAGCUGUAAGGCUUGGGCCCUUCACUAAGGCGGCAUCAGAGCUGUCCCCUGGGCUGGGGACAGAGUUGCUGCCGGCGAUAAAGCCCCUGCCUCUUCAGCGACCUGGACAGGCAAAGACUUCUAAUAUGGUUUCAGUAGCAGGGACUAGCAUGAUCCCCAGUGCCCCAGUGGCCUCACUGCCUCUGGACAGCUUCAAAGGCUGGCUCCUCAAGUGGACCAACUACCUGAAGGGCUACCAACGCCGCUGGUUCGUGCUAGGCAAUGGCCUGCUAUCUUACUACAGAAAUCAGGGUGAAAUGGCCCACACCUGCCGUGGAACCAUCAACCUGUCCACUGUGCACAUUGACAAGGAGGACACUUGUGGUAUCUUGCUGGUCAGUGGGGCAAGGACCUACCACCUCAAGGCCAGCUCAGAGGCGGAACGACAGCAGUGGAUCACCGCCCUGGAGCUGGCCAAGGCCAAGGCUGUCCGAUUGAUGAGCACCCAUUCAGCUUGUCAUCAGAUCCUGUCAGCACCAGAACUGGGCAGUUUCACAUCUGCCUACUGCCCUCCAUCUGCAUGGCCACCGCCUCGUGUGACUGCCCAGCCUCCUAGCUUCUGGACUCCAGUGUCUUCCAGGAGAGACUCUCUCCAAAGCCACAAUGACUCUGGGGACGACGAAGACACUGCUUCCCCAGCUGACAAGAGCGAGCUGCACCAAACCCUGACAAACCUCUCCUUGAAGUUAGAUGACCUCAGCACAUGCAAUGACCUCAUCGCCAAGCACGGCGCCGCGCUCCAGCGCUCCCUGAAUGAGCUAGACAGCCUCAAGAUCCCACCCGAGAGUGGGGAGAAGCUGAAGGCAGUGAACGAGCGGGCCACCCUCUUCCGCAUCACCUCUAAUGCUAUGAUCAACGCCUGCAGGGAUUUCCUGGAACUAGCAGAGACACACAGCCGGAAAUGGCAGCGGGCGCUGCAGUAUGAGCAGGAGCAGCGCGUCCACCUGGAGGAAACCAUUGAGCAGUUAGCCAAGCAGCACAACAGCCUCGAGCGGGCCUUCCGCAUUGCUCCUGGCCGGCCCAGCAACCCUUCCAAGAGCUUCAGUGAGGGAAGCCUCUUGACUACCAAAGGAGAGGACAGUGAGGAAGAUGAAGAUACCGAGUACUUUGAUGCCAUGGAAGACUCCACAUCCUUCAUCACGGUGAUCACAGAGCCCAAGGAGGACAGAAAAGCUGAAAGUGGAACCGGGUCAGGCUCUGUGGACUGGGCCUCAUCAGACAACGUAAAUGAGGUGCUAGAUGGUGCCUCACUUAUACCCAAGGGUUCAUCCAAGGUCAAGAGAAGAGUCCGUAUCCCCAACAAGCCCAACUACAGCCUUAACCUCUGGAGCAUCAUGAAGAACUGCAUUGGCCGGGAGCUCUCCAGGAUCCCCAUGCCGGUGAACUUCAAUGAGCCCCUGUCCAUGCUCCAGCGGCUGACUGAGGACCUGGAGUACCACCACCUACUGGACAAGGCCGUGCACUGCACCAACUCCGUGGAGCAGAUGUGCCUGGUGGCAGCCUUCUCGGUGUCCUCCUACUCCACCACCGUGCACCGCAUCGCCAAGCCCUUCAACCCCAUGCUGGGGGAGACCUUCGAGCUGGACCGCCUUGAUGACAUGGGUCUGCGCUCCCUCUGCGAGCAGGUGAGCCACCAUCCCCCAGCAGCUGCACACUAUGUAUUCUCCAAGCAUGGCUGGAGCCUCUGGCAGGAAAUUACCAUCUCCAGCAAGUUCCGGGGAAAAUACAUCUCCAUCAUGCCACUGGGUGCCAUCCACUUAGAAUUCCAAGCCAGCGGAAAUCACUACGUGUGGAGAAAGAGCACCUCCACUGUGCACAACAUCAUCGUGGGCAAGCUCUGGAUUGACCAGUCAGGGGACAUUGAGAUUGUGAACCAUAAAACCAAUGACCGGUGCCAGAUGAAGUUCCUGCCCUACAGCUACUUCUCCAAAGAGGCAGCCCGAAAGGUGUCAGGAGUGGUGAGUGACAGCCAGGGCAAGGCCCAGUACGUGCUGUCAGGCUCAUGGGAUGAACAGAUAGAGUGCGCCAAGAUUGUGCAAAGCAGCCCCAGUAGCCCCAGCUCUGACGGGAAGCAGAAGACAGUGUACCAGACCCUGCCAGCCAAGCUGCUGUGGAAGAAGUACCCACUACCGGAAAACGCAGAGAACAUGUACUACUUCUCGGAGCUGGCCCUGACGCUCAAUGAGCACGAGGAGGGCGUGGCACCCACCGACAGCCGCCUGCGGCCAGACCAGCGGCUGAUGGAAAAAGGCCGCUGGGACGAGGCCAAUGCUGAGAAGCAGCGGCUGGAGGAGAAGCAGCGUUUGUCGCGACGACGGCGGAUGGAGGCCUGCGCACCCAGCGGCUGCAGCGGAGAGGAAGCAGAGAAGGAAGCAGAAGCGCACAUGCCACUGUGGUUCGAGAAGAGGCUGGACCCACUGACCCGGGAGAUGGCCUGCAUAUACAAGGGCGGCUACUGGGAAGCCAAGGAGAGGAAAGACUGGCACAUGUGUCCCAACAUCUUCUGAGCGCCACCCCCUGCAGCAAAUACAGGCGCCUGCACAGCCCACUACACUUUUUCUUUAAUGCUCUCAAUUUAAUACCAAAUGGCCCUUCUCCCACACCCACCCUCCUAUUUCCCUUAACCUUUUAUUUCUUUUAAAAUACUUUUUAGGACUCCCACCUUGGAAGGAGGAAGGGCUGCCCGGGUUCUCUCCAGCCCCCAGGUGCACCGGGUCACCCAUGCCCCUUCAUUAUUGACUUGGGCCCCAUCAGAACACCAGUUCCCAGUCACCACAACUCAGACCCGCUGGCCCGGGCCAUGGGCUGCCCAAGUCACCAGCCCCCAAGCCAGGGAGGAACUGCCUCCCUCCAAGGAAGCCUCUUUUGACUUUUUUAGAAAAAACGAUCUCCUUUUCUUUCCAGCCUUGAUGUUUAGUAAAUAUUUUUAGAAUAGCACUUAGCAGACAGCUUUUCAAGUAUGCUUUCUUGCCACAAAAAUAUACUGGCAAGAACCCUUUCUUUUUAAGACAUCAGGAAGCCAGACCCCGUUGAAGUCGGAAGCAUUUUAUAGCUCAAUAUAGCAAGGCCCUAACUGUAUCUGAGCUGCCCACCCCCACCCCCAGGAGCCCAGAGUCUCACAGAGACCAGAACAUUAGGGGGAUCUAUACCCCACUGGUGGGGAAAGGUGUACUGAAGGCAUCCCCCACUGUGGAUUUUAGGGCAGCAGUCCCCAACUUAGCUAGCUUGGACCACGCCUGGGUAGCUCCCUGGCCCCCAAGAGGCCAGGAAGGGCUGGAAGGCAGGGCCUGCAGGUGCUCCUCACCCUGAGACCCAGGCCCCAAAUCAGCAAUAAUGAACAAUCCCUCAGUUCAGCCUGGGCUGGUGACCCAGGCACCAGCAACCCACGUCCCACCUUGUCCUCAGGUGGCUCCUGGGUUGCCCUGUCUCAGUGCCCCCUGAACUAUUUGCCUAAUUUAUAUAUAUGAUAUACAAAUAUAUAUAUAAUAGCUAUUUUGCUUAAAUUUCUAUGAUAUGUGAAAAUGAAAAAAAUGAUGAAGACAGGGUACACCUGUCUAAGUUUGGCCCUCCUGGUCAGCUGUGCCCUGUCCUCUCCUUGUAACCACCCCUUCCAGCGGCUUCUGCCAAUCCAGGGGGACUGGACCACCACAGCCACUGUCCCAGCCCCUCAGGACCCCCCACUCCAGUCUUUCCUACUUUCAGUUUAGUCCUAAACAUUCAUUGCAGGGUUGUACUUUCUACUCCACAAUGGGUUUUUAUAUAUAUAAAAAAAAAAAAAAGUGAAAACACCGUGUGAAAUGCCUUACGAUGCCCACUUGAGAGGUGGGGCAGGGCAGCCCUACCUGGCUUCCCUGCAGAGCUGUGACAUGUACUUCCCCUAACACUGUUUGUGAGUGAGCACCUAUUGACUGGUAAUAAAAAAAACCUUGGC